AUGGUGGUCCUUGCCAGCCUCGCCAGCAUAGCCGAGGGCCGCGACGCUGUGGUGGAAGCCGGUGGGAUACCCGCACUGGUCGAGACCAUCGAGGACGGCCCUGCGAGGGAGAAGGAGUUCGCCGUGGUCGCUCUGCUUCAGCUGUGCUCCGAGUGCUCCAGCAAUUGUGCGCUUCUCGUCCGAGAAGGGGCGAUCCCACCGCUCGUUGCGCUCUCGCAGUCCGGCUCUGCUCGUGCAAAGCACAAGGUUACUUGCGCGAGCAGCGACAAGGGGGCGGUGGCUGCCGAGCCGGACCAGGCGGCGCAGCUACGAGCAUGGCUCGGUGACGCGCUGGUCAUGCGACGAAGCUACGAGCUUGGCUAG